AUGAUCCAUUAAUUUUCUUGUGUUGUGAUGUAAAUCUAAAUCUCAGAAGCAACGAAUUAGCCAUUACACCAAUAGAGCUAAAACCCAUGAGGGCCCCAGCAAUCGACGGGGUAAGCAUCAACCCUGUCGUCGGCAACAAACUUCCAGCAGCUAUUGGGAUCCCAACCUGAAAUUUGGUCACAAAACAAGAAUUAGCAGUACGUCAAAUGGGCCAAAUGCAACCGACAUACACAACUGAUUGAUUUUUAAAUUCUUCAGAUUACAGAUGGGUCGAUCCGAAAGAGUGCAAGUAUGGGGAACUUGACCCACUACACCAGAUCCGGAACCAGCAAUUUGUUAAAUGGGUUUUCCGGCGGCGGUGGUGGUGACGGUGAGUCGCCGGGAGAUACUCCGGAUCAUAACGCCGCCGGUGAUGGGUACGGGUCGGAGGAUUUUGUUGCCGGGUCGUCUUCUAGCCGUGAAAGGAAAAAAGAUGCAGGGGCUCAGAUGAUGAUCGGUGGAGAUUACAGAAGAUGAAGAUGAAGAUGAAGGAUAAAGAUGAUGAAGAUGAGGGUAUAAAGGACAUUUCACAAUUGUCAAACAGUCAAACAGACGGAACACUGACGGAGGGACUCAAACUGUUAUAAAUUUAUAAGCUCAGGGGUUCAAAAAACCAAAAAAUAAAUUUAGGGGCUCAAGUUGAUGU